AUGUCUUCUCCAGAUCACAACACGGCCCAUCAGGGCUCAUUCUUGAGCCCGAUUGUGGUUACCAAUACUUCGGGCAGAGAGCGCUCGCUAUCUGUUUCAUCAGCAGCAGCGUCUUCAUCAUGUCCCAGUCCCACAGAUUUUGCCCAUAGUCCAUCAUCAACUCUAUCUCCAGAUAUGGCAUGGAAUCAAGAUACAAACCACCUGAGCGUGCACAAUGCCUCACAGCAUCGGCCCUCACAGUCUAUCGACGGAGAUACCCUCCGUCCACGCUCGGACUCAUUCGUCUCAAAUACAGAUACUAUGACGCCCCGCUCGAGAACGAAUUCCGACGUCGGUACAAAUAAUAAAAUACUAUACGACGAUGUGCCGCUCUCUGAGGCAUUACGGCCUGAUCCUCGUGAAGAAGCCGAUUUCCACGUCCAGGAUAACAGAUUCGCUUUUUCACCGGGCCAACUGAAUAAAAUGCAGAAUCCGAAAUCCCUCGCUGCUUUUCAUGCCCUUGGUGGAUUGCAGGGAAUUGAACGCGGUCUCCGGACAGAUAUCCAUGCUGGCUUAUCUGUUGAUGAAGGUCGAUUGGCUGGGUCUGUGGAUUUUCAGCAGGUCACGCCGCCUUUAUACGAUAGACGGCCUUCGACGACUAAAACACCCCUUAAUGGGAAGAGCAGUGAGGUGCCGAGUACGACGCCUGAAAUUAUUUCUGGCGAUGGUGGCUCACCUUUCGAAGACCGGACCCGGAUAUUCGGGCAUAACAAACUGCCGGCUCGGAAGUCGACUGGCUUUUUCAAAUUGUUUUGGAUUGCGUAUAAUGAUAAGAUUAUUAUUCUGCUGACUAUUGCUGCUAUUGUUUCGUUGUCGUUGGGCAUAUACGAGACUAUUGAUGAUGGAACUGGAGUGCAAUGGGUGGAAGGUGUUGCUAUUUGUGUUGCUAUCUUGAUUGUCACUGUUGUUACUGCUGCCAACGAUUGGCAGAAGGAAAGACAGUUUGCUAAACUAAACAAACGGAAUGAUGAUCGGGAUGUCAAAGUCAUUCGCUCAGGCAGGUCUAUGAUGGUGUCUGUCUAUGAUAUCAUGGUAGGCGAUGUCCUCCACCUUGAACCUGGUGAUUCUAUUCCGGCCGAUGGAAUUUUGAUCUCGGGGCAUGGUGUGAAAUGUGAUGAAUCAUCUGCGACUGGUGAGUCUGAUCAGAUGAAGAAAACGGAUGGCAAUGAGGUCUGGCAACAGAUCGUCGAGGGUAGAGCGACCAAGAAGCUCGACCCUUUCAUGAUUUCUGGUAGCAAAGUUCUGGAAGGCGUUGGCACCUACUUGGUUACUAGCGUUGGACCUUACUCUACGUAUGGGCGCAUCAUGCUCUCACUGCAGACUACUAAUGACCCGACACCGCUUCAGGUGAGGCUGGGUCGCUUGGCUGAUUGGAUUGGAUAUUUGGGUUCAGCUGCUGCAAUCAUCUUAUUUUUGAUCUUGGUUUUCCGGUUCAUAGCCGAUUUGCCAGAUAACCAUGGUAAUUCCGCUGCCAAGGGCAAGGAGUUUGUGGAUAUCCUUAUUGUGGCUGUAACUGUUAUUGUUGUCGCUAUUCCUGAGGGUCUCCCAUUGGCUGUCACCUUGGCUUUGGCAUUUGCUACCACUCGCAUGGUCAAAGAGAAUAACCUCGUUCGUGUCCUCCGGGCCUGCGAGACAAUGGGAAAUGCCACAGUUAUCUGCUCGGAUAAGACAGGUACUCUGACCCAGAACAAGAUGACAGUGGUUGCCGGUACCUGGGGCUCAAGCGAAAGCUUCAGCCAGUCCACUGAAAUUGAUGUUGACACCGCUGGCAACAAACCAAUGAGUACUGCUGAGAGCUUCAAGAAGUUCUCAGGCCCGGUUAGAGAUCUCAUUAUCAAAAGCGUCGCCUUAAACUCUACGGCAUUUGAAGAGGUAAAAAAUGGUCAAAAAGAAUUUCUGGGAAGUAAGACAGAAGUCGCUCUACUCCAGAUGGCUCUUGACUACCUUGGUAUGGACAUUACUUCGGAGCGUGGAUCUGCCGAAAUUGCCCAACUUAUUCCCUUUGAUUCCGCACGGAAGUGCAUGGGUGUUGUGUACCGACAACCGGGUGCAGGAUAUCGUCUCCUUGUCAAGGGCGCCUCGGAGCUAAUGGUUGACGCUUGUUCCGCGCAGAUCACAGAUCUUGAUGCCUGCAAGGAGUCACUAUGCACCGAGUCGCUGUCUGAUGAAGAAAGACAGGUCAUUUUGACGACUAUUGAGCAAUAUGCUCAGGGGUCUCUUCGAACCAUUGGAAUCGUCUACAAGGAUUUUAGUUCUUGGCCGCCACAAGAUGCCAAGAGACUGGAAGAUGACCCUUCUGCCGCGAGCUUCGACGAUCUCUUCCAUGACAUGACCUGGGUUGGAGUUGUUGGAAUUCAAGACCCGCUUCGCCCAGAAGUCCCAUCUGCCAUUCGCAAAUGUCACUCCGCAGGAGUCCAGGUCAAGAUGGUGACAGGUGACAAUGUCGCGACAGCCACAGCUAUCGCGUCAGCCUGUGGUAUCAAGACCGAAGAUGGUCUCGUCAUGGAAGGUCCGAAGUUCCGCCAAUUAUCUGACGAAGAAAUGAACGAAGUCAUUCCUCGUCUCCAAGUCCUGGCACGUUCAUCACCAGAAGACAAGCGGAUCCUUGUUGAACGACUGAAAAUUCUUGGUGAGACCGUCGCUGUCACAGGUGAUGGUACCAAUGACGGGCCUGCUCUGCGCACUGCUGAUGUCGGGUUCUCUAUGGGUAUUGCUGGAACAGAAGUUGCCAAGGAAGCUAGCUCGAUCAUUCUUCUGGAUGAUAAUUUCCGAUCGAUUGUCACGGCCAUUUCGUGGGGUCGGGCUGUCAACGAUUCCGUGGCCAAGUUCCUGCAGUUCCAGAUUACAGUUAAUAUCACCGCUGUGAUCUUGACUUUCGUUUCAUCUGUGUAUAGCAGUUCAAACCAGAGUGUUUUGAAUGCUGUGCAGUUGCUCUGGGUCAAUCUAAUUAUGGAUACUUUUGCUGCCCUGGCCUUAGCUACCGAUGGCCCAACAAAAGAUAUCUUAGAUCGAAAGCCCGUUCCGAAAACUAAAUCACUUUUCACUUUGACAAUGUGGAAAAUGAUUCUUGGACAAUCCGUUUAUAAACUAGCCAUCGUCUUCAUGUUAUACUUUGCUGGUGAUCAAAUUCUCAACGCACAUCUCGUCUCCGACGACCCGGCGCUCCGCGCAAAACAGCUUUCCACAGUUGUUUUCAACACAUUCGUAUGGAUGCAAAUCUUCAACGAACUCAACAACCGCCGCCUCGAUAAUCGCUUUAACAUCUUUGAAGGCAUGUUCCGCAACUAUUGGUUCCUGGGUAUCAAUACUCUCAUUGUCGCCGGACAAGUGAUGAUUAUUUUCGUCGGAGGCCAGGCAUUCGGUGUAACCCGAAUCAAUGGCACCCUGUGGGCAGUUUGUAUAAUCUGUGGCUUUGGAUGUCUGCCAUGGGCUGUGGUCCUCCGCCUGAUUCCAGACCGUCAUUUCGGGGUUGUGUUUAAUGCUAUUGUUAGCGCAUGUUCAUUCAUUCUCAGGCCAUUUUUGAUGGUCUGGAAAUUUAUUGUUCGUGGUGUGAAAGCGAUCAUUCAACCCGUGACACGAUUUACCCGUCGGGUCUUUUCUCGUCGGCAUGUGAAGACUAGUGAGUCUGCUCAAGAGUCCUCGGGCACUCCUGAUGAUUUGGAUGCUCCUGUUAUUGAUGAGGAGAAUCCUGUGGCGCUGAAGGUAGUUCGAGAGGAGAGCCCAGAGCGUCCUUCUGCGCCACCGGCGAUAUCGGUACCCCCGAUUACUGUGACCGCGUCGCCAUAG